CAGUCACUGAGUUGAGUGUAGUUUUAUUAAUUACAUCCAUAGAGGUUACACAAGGACUACCAAUUGAUCUUUUGAUGUAUAAACAGAUUCAAUAAAGUAUUGAUUGUACGUGUUAGGAGAUAUCAACUGUUCUCGUGAUAAUCUGACAACUUAUUACAAUUAAUAAUAUUCCAAGCCUCCAACACCUCAAUUCAAUUAAGAAACUCUUUAUUCUUGUCAUGCACAUGAGAACAUUUAAAUAGUGUCAAAAGAUUGAAGUUUUAAACCUCUUUGAGAUUUAUAAAAUAUUUGGUAUUUUCUAAUCUAAUAUGUUUUUUGUUUCUCAGCAAGAUGUGUUAAGAGCAAAGUAGGAUUUUUUGCGGAAAGGCUUCAUGAUUCAAUGGCCGGUGUUGGGACCAAGGACAAGACACUGAUCCGUAUUAUUGUGUCCCGAUCCGAGAUUGAUCUUGGUGAUAUCAAACGUGCCUUUGAGGAGAAAUAUGGAAAACCUCUUGAGACGUACAUUACAGGUGACACAUCUGGAGAUUACAAAAAGGUUUUUGCUGGCACUGGUCUCCUAAACAAAAGUGACUGCUCUUCACUUCGUAACAAGGAUCUGCGCUUGAAUCUUUCUCUAUUAUGUAUCUUAUAAUAAUGUUAUCUGGGGUCUAGGGGAUUCUGAUGAGAUCUGUUGUUUGCCUACCAUAUUAAUUAUUAUAUAUACAGUACAUAUACAUUCUUCAGAUUCUACGUCAAACAAAUAAUUGGCUUGCCUUUAUAUGUUUAAAUAAUCUAAAGGAAUAAACACAUGGACUGCCAUAUUAAUUGAGUAUUCAGAAUGAUAAAAGUGCAUCUAAUUUAAAUUCUAGUUUUGUUAAUUUUUACCUUUAUAAUAGCUAUUUAUUGUUUAUAUUUUAAUAUGUAGUGAUUCAGUAUUGUAUUUAAAUAUAUACCUUUGCAGCUUUCUUAUCAUAAUUAUUGGCAUUCUACAGAUCUCAUAUUUUGUUGUGAUUUUUAUGUGGGUGAAUCUUGUGAAAACAAAAUGUAAUGCAUUGACUUGAGAUGCUAAAACUAAUUUAAACACAGUUGUGCGCCUUAGUUGUUCACACUAUUUACACUACAUCAUGUAUUUCUGAAGGUGUCCACAUGAUCAAUUAUAAAUAUUUUAAGGUAAGUUUUCAUUGGCUAAAAUAUACAGUUUUUGUCACAUAUUUUUUUGCAGUAUUUUUAGAUACAUUUUUACACUUCCUAGAAAUAAAAGAAGGUUAUCAACAUUAAACGGGUUGUAGUAUGGUUAAGAGGGUACACUAAGUAGAUAGGUAAUUUGCACAAAUUGUUCACACUGAAAUUUUUAAGAUUUUAAAAUGGAUCAUCAGUGGUUAUUUAAAAGUAUUGUUCAGUAGUGAAAGUAUACAAGAGGAAACAAUACAUUUGCCAAACAGUUAAAAAAAGAAGUGGAUCUGUGAAAACGUUUUGCUUUUAUUUAAUGUAGGAAAUGAGUAAAAAAGAAAUCUUUAUUAAAUAUCUGUUUGUUUUAGUUAAGUCUAUACAUAAUGUUGGUGUUUGGAGGAAGGAACAAUCAUUAUAAACUGGUACCUGCCAUUUUAAACACUUGUAUUAGUUGUACCAUAUCUAACAACAUUAAAAGUCAAAUAUCAAUUGAAAAAUACAGAAUAUUAUUAAGUGUAAAAUAUCAGGCAAUUAUCAGAGGUAUUUUAAGUACAAUCUGCUUCCGUAAGAGUCCUUAAAAGGAAAUUAUUCUUCAAUUUUUAUUUAAAAUAUUUUAAAUUGUGGAUUUUAUAGUAAUGAACUAUAAAAUUGACACCAACAAUGUGUUUAAACAUACUACUUUUUAAACAUUGUGAGAUGAAUAUGUAUUGUAGGAUAACUGGACAGAAACAGUAUAUUCUAGGUUGUCUGUUUAUAGUGUAAUAAAGGUUUAAAAAUAAUAUCUAAACAUUUGAUUUGUUCAGAAUUGUAUUUAUUUAUUUAAGAUCUUUGAUGUUUUAAGAAAACUAUAAAUUGUAUAACAAUAAGACUUGCCAUUAACUUGUGAUCUGACUUGCAAAGUAGAUGUAUGAAGUAUUUGUAACAUUGAUAUCAACUUUUCUUUUACUUUCUUAAAGUCUUUCCAGAAACUUGUUUCGUUAUAAUAUAAUUGUGAACUUUUGUAUUUAUUGUGCUAGUUGUAUGUCUAAUAUUAAUUAUGCACGCACAAGUCACUAAAUGGCUAAUGCACAACUAUUGGAAAUGCCAAAAGUUAAUUUAUUCCUAAUUACUUAAAUAAUUAUUUAUUUAAAUCUUGUAGAACCAAAAAUUAUUGUUUUUAAAAUAUCAUUGUAUCAAGAAAUACAGAUUUAUGUUUUAAUCCAAAGUAAAAAGUGUUUUAUAUAACUUACUUUAAUAUUAAAUUUUUAGUGGAGGUUUAACAAUGCAAAAGCUUAUGGAACUAGGUAUCGAUGAAAGAUUUCAAUAAAGUCAAAUAUUGUGCUUCUUUAAAUUAUGUUUGUAAAGCUGUAGCAUGUUGUAAAUGAGUUAUAUCACAGAAAUAAAUAACUUUUAUUAUAAACUUAAAUAUCUACAAUUGUAUUAAUAAAGUACAAGAAAUCUAUUAUUUCUUGUUUUAGGGAUAAAUUAUAUUACUCAAAUGUUGGAGGUAUUUGUAAUUCUUGUUGAAUAUAUUGUCAAUUUUCCUUGUUGCCUCUUUUUGAAUUUUAUGCUUGUUAUUUAUAAUAACUAUAUUUUUUAAAUGCUUUAUAAGAACUUUUUACUUAACAAUAAAUUAUUGAUUAUAAAAUA